UGUGACGGGGAGAGGUCGUCCCAUGUGAUGCGACUGAUUCUUGGCGAACGGUGCUCGUCUGUUAUGGCUCCUCCUGCCACAGUGUUUAGGCCGAAACGUAACGCCAGCGCAGGGGACUGGAAAUAACCCGACCACCGUGCAAUUUUCCGGAGCCCACCGCGGAAGAUGACAGAUCUCGCAAUGCUCCUGGAAAAGGCCUAAACGAUGCACUCGACGUUGCCUCUUCUGCUGUGAAGGCUUCGACAUUUCUUCCGAUUAACAACACCCCAAAUGAACUCCGUCAGAGCAAGUAACGUUAGCAGAAGACCAAGGCGAGUGUCGAGGCCGCGCCCGGUGCAGCCGGAGAGGAACCACCAGGAAAGAGAUGAGGACGUUCCUGCAGAUAUGGUUGCAGAAGAAUCUGGUCCAGGAGCUCAGAAUAGUCCAUACCAACUUCGAAGAAAGUCUCUGCCCAAGAGAACAGUGUGUCCGACAAAGUCAAACAUGGAGGGUGCUUCCACUUCAACCACAGAAAAUUUUGGUCACCGACCAAAGCGACCCAGAGUUUCAGGCAAAUGUCAAGAUAUACCAUCAGCUCCUGCUGAGCAGUAUUUGCAGGAGAAGCUUCCAGACGAGGUGGUGCUAAAGAUCUUCUCAUAUCUAUUGGAGCAGGACUUGUGCCGCUCGGCAUGCGUGUGCAAGCGCUUCAGCGAGCUAGCAAACGACCCCAUCCUCUGGAAAAGACUGUACAUGGAGGUUUUUGAGUACACGCGACCCAUGAUGCACCCAGAGGCAGGGAAGUUCUACCAAAUAAACCCAGAAGAAUAUGAGCAGCCAAAUCCCUGGAAGGAAAGUUUUCAGCAGCUGUAUAAAGGCGCUCACGUCAAGCCAGGUUAUGCGGAACACUUCUACAGCAAUCCUGCGAGGUACAAAGGGAGAGAUAACAUGUUUUACUAUGACACCAUAGAGGAUGCUCUUGGAGGGGGCCAGGAGCCCCACUUUGACGGCCUCAUAUUUGUUCACACUGGUAUUUACACAGAUGAAUGGAUCUACAUUGAGUCGCCCAUCACAAUGAUUGGUGCUGCUCCUGGAAAAGUGGCAGAGAAAGUCAUCAUUGAGAAUACCAGAGACUCCACGUUUGUGUUCAUGGAAGGUUCAGAAGACGCCUACGUCGGCUACAUGACCAUAAAGUUUAAUCCUGACGACAAAUCCGCCCAGCAUCAUAAUGCACACCACUGCUUGGAGAUUACUGUCAACUGUAGCCCAAUUAUUGACCACUGCAUCAUACGCAGCACUUGCACAGUGGGGUCGGCAGUGUGCGUUAGUGGCCAAGGUGCUUGUCCCACAAUCAAGCAUUGCAAUAUCAGUGACUGUGAAAAUGUUGGACUUUACAUCACCGACCAUGCGCAGGGAAUAUAUGAGGACAAUGAGAUUUCAAACAACGCCCUGGCUGGUAUCUGGGUAAAGAACCACGGCAACCCAAUCAUUAGAAGGAAUCACAUUCACCAUGGCAGAGAUGUUGGUGUUUUUACGUUUGACCACGGCAUGGGUUACUUUGAGAGUUGCAACAUCCAUAGGAACCGCAUCGCAGGAUUUGAGGUGAAGGCGUACGCCAACCCGACAGUAGUGCGCUGUGAGAUCCAUCACGGCCAGACGGGGGGUAUCUACGUGCAUGAAAAGGGCCGUGGACAGUUUAUCGAAAAUAAGAUCUAUGCAAAUAAUUUUGCCGGCGUGUGGAUCACCUCUAACAGUGACCCUACAAUACGGGGGAAUGCUAUAUUUAAUGGCAACCAAGGCGGAGUGUAUAUUUUUGGUGAUGGCCGAGGUCUCAUAGAAGGAAAUGACAUUUAUGGGAAUGCCUUGGCUGGGAUACAGAUCAGGACAAAUAGCUGCCCUAUUGUCAGACACAACAAAAUCCAUGACGGUCAACAUGGUGGCAUUUAUGUGCAUGAGAAGGGACAGGGUGUCAUCGAGGAGAAUGAGGUGUACAGCAACACGCUGGCUGGAGUGUGGGUCACAACGGGCAGCACGCCGGUACUGCGGAGGAACAGGAUACACAGCGGCAAACAGGUCGGGGUCUACUUUUAUGACAACGGCCAUGGUGUGUUGGAAGACAAUGACAUUUACAAUCACAUGUAUUCUGGAGUUCAAAUAAGAACUGGCAGUAACCCUAAAAUCAGGCGGAACAAAAUAUGGGGAGGUCAGAAUGGCGGUAUUUUGGUUUACAACUCAGGCCUGGGCUUUAUCGAGGACAAUGAGAUCUUUGACAAUGCUAUGGCAGGAGUAUGGAUUAAGACAGACAGCAACCCCACCCUGCGAAGGAACAAGAUCCAUGAUGGCAGAGAUGGCGGAAUCUGCAUAUUUAAUGGAGGAAGAGGUUUGCUUGAGGAAAAUGACAUCUUCAGGAACGCCCAAGCAGGCGUCCUCAUCAGCACCAACAGUCACCCCGUCUUGAGGAAAAAUAGAAUAUUUGACGGCUUUGCCGCAGGUAUCGAGAUCACCAAUCACGCCACAGCGACUUUAGAGGGCAAUCAGAUCUUCAACAAUCGCUUCGGAGGGCUUUUUCUAGCAUCUGGGGUCAACGUUACGAUGAAAGAUAACAAAAUAAUGAACAAUCAAGAUGCCAUUGAAAAGGCUGUGAGCAGAGGUCAGUGCCUGUACAAGAUUUCAAGUUACACCAGCUAUCCAAUGCACGAUUUUUACAGGUGCCACACCUGUAACACAACAGAUCGCAACGCCAUCUGUGUGAAUUGCAUCAAGAAGUGCCACCAGGGACACGAUGUGGAAUUCAUCAGACACGAUCGGUUCUUCUGCGACUGUGGUGCAGGGACGCUAUCAAACCCUUGCACGUUAGCCGGAGAGCCGACGCACGACACAGACACCCUCUACGACUCUGCGCCUCCUAUAGAGUCCAAUACGCUGCAGCACAACUGAGCCCCAGACCACAAGCCCAGUCGCGCUUCACCAGUAAUGGAUGCUCGGGACCGCAGUGGAGGAAGAGGAAAGCCCAAUUUAAAUAUAGACUCUUACAGAGCAUUUACAAUGGGGAAAAAAAAAGACUUGGACAUAAGAUGCCUAGCUUUUCUGUUUAUUUUAUAAAAACAACAAAAAAGUGACAUGAUUUGAAAAAGAUGUAGAGGGGUUUGUGGGUACGUCAUGUUUCCCAAAUGAGUGUCAAUGACAACUGGGGUAGGGGAUCAUCAACUUGGAGGGGGAAAAAAAAAAAGCAGUCAUGUAGAAACAUGUUGCAAAAAGACAUUACGUUGUGGUGGAGUAAAUGGCCCUAAAGGUCACAAUGCUUCCAUCGCUGGAUCACCGAGCUCCUCAUACGUUACGUAUGAGAAUUUAUGAACUAGCACUUCCGCCGCCCACAACAUCCAACUCAAAUGUUUGAUUUUAAUGCUUUUUGUGUAGUUUUGUAUUUUCAUGCAAAAAUAUUACUGUACUUGAACGUCUUUAUUUUAUUACGUGUUUUUUGUUUGUUUGUUGGUUAUUAUACCCCAGAGUUGCUGUAAUUAUACUCAUGUCGCAGUAUCUAACUUCUUUCUGUGAAAGAGACCCGAGAAAUGAGAGGGAAACACUAAGCAGUUUCUCCUGCAACACUGGCACAUUUGCAACACAAAGACUGAAUUGUACUUUCACAAGACUUGUAUUACUUCAAUGUAUUCACUCCCCCCUCCCAUCUAAUGAACUGUUAAGGGGUAUCUGUGUAUUUGUAGGACUCUUAAUUAGAUAAAACUGAAAAGACA